CAACUCUCUCUCUCUCUAGUUCUUGAUUUGUCAAUUAUUGUUAAAUCUUUUGACAGCAAAAAACAAGAAAACAAAAGAAAUGGAUCUGUUGUCAAGAAAAGCUACAUGCAACAGCCAUGGCCAAGACUCUUCGUAUUUCCUUGGAUGGGAAGAGUAUGAGAAGAACCCUUACGAUGUCGUCAAGAACCCUCACGGCAUUAUCCAGAUGGGUCUUGCGGAAAAUCAGCUAUGCUUCGAUAUUUUAGAGUCAUGGCUUAUACAAAACCCGGACGCGGCCAGUUUCAAGAGAGACGGACAGUCUAUUUUCCGGGAACUCGCUCUCUUUCAAGACUAUCAUGGCCUCUCAUACUUCAAAAAUGCGUUGGCUGAUUUCAUGUCCGAAAAUAGACAGAACCGAGUUUCUUUCGAUUCGAACAACCUUGUCCUCACGGCUGGAGCCACUUCCGCAAACGAAACUUUAAUGUUUUGUCUUGCAAAUCCUGGAGACGCUUUCUUGCUUCCCACGCCGUACUAUCCGGGGUUUGAUAGGGAUCUAAAAUGGCGUACCGGGGUUGAGAUUGUACCGAUCCAAUGCUCGAGUAGUAACGGGUUUCGCAUAACAGAACUUGCACUCGAAGAAGCCUACGAGCAAGCCAAGAAGCUUAACCUAAACGUCAAAGGAAUUCUCAUAACCAACCCAUCUAAUCCUUUGGGCACGACAACGACCCAAACCGAACUUAACAUUCUAUUUGAAUUCAUCUCUAAGAAUAAGAAUAUACACCUAGUAAGCGACGAGAUCUAUUCAGGAACAGCCUUCAGCUCUUCAGAAUUCAUCAGUGUCAUGGAAAUUCUGAAGAACAACCAUCUAGAAAACACUGAUGUUUUUAACCGUGUCCACAUUGUUUAUAGCUUAUCUAAAGAUCUGGGCCUUCCUGGUUUUCGAGUUGGAGCUAUUUACUCCAACGACAAAGAUGUCAUCUCUGCCGCUACAAAAAUGUCUAGUUUCGGCCUUGUCUCCUCCCAAACACAAUAUCUAUUAUCCUCAUUACUAUCCGAUAAGAAGUUUACCAAAAAAUAUCUUAGAGAGAACCAAAGCCGGCUCAAGAAUAGACAAAGAAUGCUCGUGACUGGUCUAGAGGCCAUAGGGAUCGGAUGUCUCAAGAGCAAUGCGGGGCUCUUCUGUUGGGUCGACAUGAGACAUCUCCUUAGCUCCAAAACGUUCGAAGCCGAGAUGGAACUUUGGAAGAAGAUUGUUUACGAAGUGAAGCUCAACAUCUCUCCCGGCUCGUCGUGCCAUUGUGAAGAACCUGGCUGGUUUAGGGUUUGUUUCGCGAACAUGAGUGAGGAGACAUUGAAGCUUGCUUUGAAGAGAUUAAAGAACUUCGUUGAUAAUGGAAUCUUAACUAGAAGUUGCCAAGUUGGUCAAAGCUUAAAGAGUUCGAGGAAGAAGACGACCAUGACUACAGUUUCUAACUGGGUUUUCCGACUGUCUUUCCACGACCGUGACGCGGAGGAACGAUAGUCCGGUUUUAUUUCAAGUUUAUUAAUAAUAUUAUUAUUUUUUGGUCAUUUUUGUAUUUUUAUUACCAGAAUUGUAUUUUGGUAUAUAGCUGUUGGAGAGAAAGUGAUGGUCCGCACGUGUAUAUGCUGCGGUCUUUUCUCGAAUGAAAAAAAUGAAAAUAAAA